AUGUUCAUUAGUAGACUAACAGCUCGCACGCCGGUCAUCUGCACUCCGUCGCUGUUGAUAGCACUAAGGAAACGUUUAGAAUUUUUCGAAAGUAUGAGCCACUUGUCGCACGUGUCCACGGACUUGGCGGGCCCAUCGGUCGGGAUCUACAGCCAAGCAGUUAAGUACGGUGAUACAGUUUACUUGUCAGGUACCUUGGGCUUGGACCCUUGUACCGGUAAGCUGGUUGAAGGCGGUGCAGGACCUGAAAUAAAAAAAGCAUUGGAAAAUAUUAAGCAUGUCCUGGAAGCAUCUCAAUCGUCUUUCAGUUCAAUCGUUAAGACCACGGUUCUGUUAGCUGACAUAAAAGACGGCCCGACGGUGAACGAGAUUUACAAGCAAUUUUUUGUGCCGCCAUAUCCGGCUAGAGCAAUGUUUCAAGUGGCCAAAUUGCCUUUAGACGCCAAAGUCGAAAUAGAAGUGAUCGCCGCGGUUAACAAGUAA